UAACUAUCAAGAAAAGAAGAAUAACUUUUUUUUAUAACAACAACAAUCAUUUAUAUAUAUAUAUAUUUAUUUAAUGUAAACAGUUAUUAUUUAGAAGAAUAAGCAGAAGAAUAAGAUAAGCAGAAUAAUAGUAAUAACAACAAGAACAACAACUCCGGAGAGUUAACGCUGUAGCACCGAGAUGUUGUGGUAACAUGUAGCAGAUAGAGUUUGUUUUCCAGGGUCGAAGAUACGUCGAGGCUGCUGAUACCAUGAUGGCCGCCUUGGUGUGUGGAGUUGCGGUGUUUCCAGGGCUUUUCUUCAGCUUCAGGAAGAUCUUAAAACACACCAGGACGGAGUGGAGCGAAGCCGACGUCACCGUAGUCAGUGAGAGACUGAUUUCUGCUGUCCAUGGGUCGUUGGCCACUGCAGUUGGAGUCACAGUUGUUUCAUCUUGCAGGGAUGUGAUGACUGACAGUCACUGGCUGGUGAACAGUUUUGUCCUGUUUGGAGUUCCUUACAUGGUGUUUGACAUAUACACCAUGUAUCUGAGCCACUUCCACACUGAGAGGAGCAGAGAUGGGUCCGAAGCUCCCAGUGGACACUCGCUGCAGACGGUCAGAGCUUUCCUUCGCAAGGACUGGAUGCUGGUUCUCCAUCACGUGGCCCUGGUUUUUAUUUUCACACCAAUCACACUGUUUUUCAGGAGAGGUUUGGGGGAUUUCUUUAUUGGCUGCAUGUUCAUCACAGAGCUCAGCACUCCCUUCGUCUCCAUAGGAAAGAUCCUCAUUCAGCUGCGCCUCGAUGGCACCAAGCUACAUAAAAUCAACGGCCUCAUCGUCCUACUGACCUUCUUCACAUGUCGCAUCCUCGUAUUCCCCUUCAUGUACUGGAUGUACGGCCGGCAGUUCGGCAUUCCUCUGCACCAAGUGGCCUUCCACCUGCCUCUGCACUGUAACGUGGGGAACCUGGUGCUGCUGGCUCCACAGAUCUACUGGUUCACCUUGCUGCUGAGGAAAGCACAGCGACUCUACCUGAGGCAGAGGAGGCCGCAGGUAAACAAAGAUGUGACGAAGAAAGACUGAGGAGCUCAUUGGUCUGUUAAUUUAAGACACUGAGACCAGAAGUCAUGGCUUCUGUGCCUGGUUUUACUAAAGAUUUAUUUGGACUGAAACUCUUUUACAACAGAGUAAAAAAAGUGUUUAAGAAAAAACAAAAACUAAAAAUAAUAAGAAUAAAGUCAUAUUUUGAAAAUAAAGUUGUAACAUUACCUGAAUAAAGUUGUAGUAAACACAUAAGCAUCAGAUUAUUAGUCAGUCUUUGAUGUGUAAACGAAUUAUUUCUUUAUCUGUAAAACCAGUAUCAAAAUACAAUUCACAAGAUGCUUAAAGUUCUCAUUUUACUGCAGUUGAAAGACUGCUUUUUCAUGUCGAAGUUCUCAUAAUAGUCAGACUUUAUUCUGGUAACAUGACUAUAUAAUUUAUUUAUUUUUCCUUUUUCUUAGCCUGGCCCUAAUAUUCCAUUGUAAUUUUUCAACAGCAUCAGGGUAAUGGAAAACCAUUUACAUUAUAGUAAAAUAUUUAUUAUAUACAUUACAAGAUGAUUUAUUUGAUCGUCUUGAUCAAAUAAAUAUGUUCAAUAAAGUGUUCAGUGGUAAUUUUUCUCAGGUAGACUGAUUACAAACUUGAAGUCAUGCUAAUGCUAACUAGAGGGCACAUGUUAGUUUAACAUGUCCCCGUAUUUAAAUUAUUUUCAAUCUUUUCUACAACUGCCACCAUUUUUGCCUGUGAAAAGUUUCUAUUUUUUUUAAAUGAUUCCGUUGAACCAUAAUUCAAAAGCAAUGUUCCAUUUUCAUUUGUUAAUUUUCAGUAAAUUUUUCUUAAUUA